AUGUCGGACGCAGUGGAGCGUCAUACAUUCAAGGUGUUCACCCAGGACUUCAUGGUGGACAAGAGGUUCCAGCUAAUCAAAGAGAUAGGCUAUGGCGCGUACGGGAUUGUGUGCUCAGCCCGGUUCAUGGAGUCGGUGGAAGACACAACAGUCGCCAUCAAGAAAGUGACGAACGUGUUCUCGAAAGCUCUACUCUGCAAACGGUCGCUAAGGGAGCUGAAGCUGCUGCGGCACUUUCGGGGGCAUAAGAAUAUCACGUGCCUCUACGACAUGGAUAUCGUGCUGCUUCCAGAUGGCUCCUUUAACGGGCUGUAUCUAUACGAGGAAUUGAUGGAAUGUGAUAUGCACCAGAUCAUCAAGUCCGGGCAGCCGCUGACGGAUGCGCACUACCAGAGCUUCGUCUACCAGAUUUUAUGCGGCCUCAAGUAUAUCCACUCUGCGGACGUGCUCCAUCGAGAUUUGAAGCCAGGAAACCUACUUGUGAAUGCUGAUUGUCAACUCAAGAUAUGUGAUUUUGGUCUAGCUCGGGGAUAUAGCGAAAACCCCAUCGAAAACGACCAGUUCCUGACGGAAUAUGUUGCCACGCGGUGGUAUCGCGCGCCAGAAAUAAUGUUGAGUUACCAGGGCUACACCCGCGCGAUAGAUGUGUGGUCCUGUGGUUGUGUUCUAGCAGAAUUAUUAGGCGGAAGGCCGAUCUUCAAAGGGAAGGACUACGUUGAUCAGCUGAACAGAAUCCUUCAGGUGCUUGGUACUCCACCAGAAGAGACGCUAAAACGCAUAGGUUCCAAAAACGUACAGGAUUACAUUCAUCAACUAGGGUACAUUCCAAAGGUGCCCUUCGAGCGGCUGUAUCCCAAUGCCAAUCCAGAUGCGGCGGAUUUGUUGGAACGUAUGUUGGCCCUCGAUCCUAAGACACGGAUUACCGUUGACGAAGCUCUGGAGCACCCAUAUCUGUCAAUCUGGCAUGAUCCAAGCGAUGAGCCAGUGUGCUGCAAGAAGUUCGACUUUAGUUUUGAAAGUGUGAAUGAGAUGGAAGAACUGAAGCGGAUGGUCAUUGAAGAAGUAAAGGACUUUAGAAGGUUUGUUAGACAGCCCAAUAUAAGGGACACGUCGCUGCAGGAACAGGAGGAACAACAACCACAACAACCACAACAACCACAACAACCACAACCAGAACAGCCCCAACAUCAGCGGCAGCAUCAGCAAGCACAGGCACAAGCACAGGCACAAGCGCAUGAGCAGCAACAGCAACACCACCGUACACAGUAUCAGCGGUCGGGUGCUGUGCAACGUCAACCACAAACGGUGGAACAUGGACAACAUUUACAACACCGCAGCGGACACCAUAGCGAGCAUCUCCAGCGAGCACAUGGCCAGCAGGAACAGUACUUACCUAAAAAAGACGAUUCCAGGGCUUUUCAAUCCCGUCCAGUGGGUACGUCCAUCUCUGACAGCAGAAGCUCAUACGAGGAGCAUGAUUAUGUACAGCAAAUGAUGUUUGCUCAUUCUCCUACUUUAGCCCACGAUUCUUUCAUCGGGAUUCAUUCAGAAAACCUCCCCGAACACAAUACAGACUUCCCCCCACGACCACAAGAGAAUAUGUUAGCAUCUCCCAUGGGAUUUUCGGAUGGUACACAUUCUAAUGCGGAAUUUGGCGACUUCCUUGAUCUGGAGAAAGAAUUGGAAUUUGGUUUGGAUAGAAAAAUUUGA